UGAGAACGGAAAAUUCUAAUAGUUGUUUGUCCAACAAUGCCCCCACCACCAUCCAUAUAUACCACCACACCUUUUCAAUGCGGUGUGGAAAAAAUAGAACCUCUAGUGAAUAGGCAGUAAUGGCGAAUUCAGUGAAAGAUGAUGAACAUUAUUCAUAUGCUAUGCAACUAGUCAACUCAUCAGUGCUACCAAUGGCUAUGCAUGCAGCAAUUGAAUUGGAGGUUUUUGAGAUUUUAGACAAGGCAGGUGAAGGUGCCAAAUUGUCUUGCUCAGAGAUUGCAAAACAGAUGCCUACCAAAAACCCAGAUGCUCCUAUGAUGAUUGAUAGGAUUCUCAAUCUUCUUGCUGCCCACUCUGUUCUUUCUUGCUCUGUUGAUGAUGGUGGUCAUGGAAUUGGAUCUCCUCAAAGACUCUAUGGGUUGACUCCUGUGUCUAACUACUUUGUCAUGAAUAAAGAUGGUGUUUCAUUUGGAAGAAUGAUGGCUUUCAUUCAAGACAAAGUCUUCUUGGAUAUCUGGAGCCAGUUGAAAGAUGCAGUCCUUGAAGGAGGAGUUCCUUUUAACCGGGUGCACGGAAUGAACAUCUUCGAUUACGCAGGCAAGGACUCCAGGUUCAAUCAAAUGCUUAACACAGCAAUGCUAAGCCACACAACCAUAAUUGUGAAAGAGAUCCUUAAAUCUUACAAAGGGUUUGAGCAACUCAAAAGGGUAGUUGAUAUUGGUGGUGGCCUUGGUAUCACUUUGAGCCUAAUCACCUCCAAAUACCCUUCUAUUGCUGGUAUCAACUUUGACCUGCCUCAUGUUGUACAACAUGCUCCAUCAUAUCCCGGGGUGGAACAUGUUGGAGGAGACAUGUUCGUCAGUGUUCCCAAAGGAGAUGCCAUUUUCAUGAAGUGGAUACUGCAUGACUGGAGUGAUGAACACUGCUUGAAGUUAUUAAAGAACUGCUAUAAUGCAAUUCCUGAUGAUGGAAAGGUGAUUAUUGUGGAUGGAAUACUUCCAAUCACACCUGAGCCUGGUACUACUGCUGCUUGGAGAGCUAAUUCUGGGCGUGAUGUGCUAAUGAUGACUCAAAGCCAUGGAGGAAAGGAGAGAACUCAACAAGAAUUCAUGGCUUUAGCUACUGGAGCUGGAUUUAAGGGCAUCAGAGUUGAGUGCUUUGUCUGCAACUUUUGGGUUAUGGAAUUUUUCAAGUAGAUGAUGUAGUUGGUGAUUCUCUGGUUUGAUUGCUUCUGAUGAUAAUAAUGAACACAUUUGUUGUGUUAAGUGGUCAUUGCUUGCUUUGAUUUUAAGUUUAACUGCACUUCCUUGCAAUGUAAUCUCCCUAUUUAUUAUAAAAAAAAACUUUUUUAAUUCCCGAGUUUAGCAUGUAGGUCGGGAUUCAA